AUGGCAAAGUUUAUUCUCCUCACACGUCUGACAUUUCUGUUGAACGCUCAGCUAGGUUCUGCUUACCCUCUGAUAUGCUACUUCACCAACUGCGCCCAGUACCGGCCAAGCCUAGGGCGUUUCAAGCCUGAUGACAUCGACCCCUGUCUCUGUACUCACCUGAUCUAUGCCUUUGCUGGGAUGCGGAACAAUGAGAUCACCACCAUCAAAUGGAAUGAUUUGACCACUAACACUUUCAAUGGCCCGAAAAACAAAUUCAUAGAUGCCCUAGUGUACUUGACUUUUCUACAGGAAAUGCAUGCAGCUUUUGAGCAGGAGGCCAAGCAGACCAAACCCAGGCUGAUGGUCACCGCCGCAGUAGCUGCUGGCAUCUCCAACAUCCAGGCUGGCUAUGAGAUCCCUCAGCUGUCCCAGUACCUGGACUACAUCCAUGUCAUGACCUAUGACCUCCACGGCUCCUGGGAGGGCUACACCGGAGAGAACAGCCUCCUCUACAAAUACCCAACGGACACUGGCAGCAACGCCUACCUCAAUGUGGAUUACGUCAUGAACUACUGGAAGGACAAUGGGGUCCCCGCUGAGAAGCAUGUUGGAUUCCCAGCCUAUGGACACACCUUCAUCUUGAGCAACCCCUCCAACCAUGGAAUCGGUGCUCCUACCACUGGCCCUGGCCCUGCUGGGCCCUAUAGCAGGCAGUCUGGGUUCUGGGCCUACUAUGAGAUCUGCACCUUCCUGAAGAGCGGAGCUACUGAAGUGUGGGAGGCUUCCGAGGAGGCCCCCUAUGCUUACAAAGGCAAUGAGUGGCUUGGCUAUGAUAACACGAGGAGCUUCAAAGUCAAGGCUGACUGGCUCAAGAAGAACAACUUCGGAGGUGCCAUGGUGUGGGCCAUCGAUUUGGAUGACUUCACGGGCACUUUCUGCAACCAGGGCAAAUUCCCGCUGACCACCACCCUGAAGAAUGCGCUGGGCCUGCAGAGCGCAAGUUGUACUGCCCCUGCUCAGCCCAUUGCACCAAUAACUCCUCCUCCCAGUAGCGGGAGGGGAAGCGGAAGCGGAAGCGGAAGUGGAAGUGGGACCCGGUCUGGGAGCAGCUCCUCUGGAGGCAGCUCUGGGGGCAGUGGGUUCUGUUCCAGCGAAGCCAAUGGCCUGUACCCUGUGGCAAACAACAGAAACGCCUUCUGGCACUGCCUGAAUGGAAUCACGUACCAGCAGAACUGUCCGGCCCCACUUGUCUUUGACACCAGCUGUGAUUGCUGCAACUGGCGGUAA